AUGACUCCCUCAACGAACCGCACCUUCAAGCAGGACAUGGAAAACGUGAUUGACAUGACCAACGACAUGGAUAGUAACGCCCCUUCUAAUUCCGGACACGCUGAGCUCUCUAACCUGUUUUCUUCCAACUGCACAAUUCGACCAUCCGUCCACGAAGAACUUCAAAUGUUCUCCUCCAGCUGUAUAAUUCAACUAUCCGUCCACGACCAACUCCACAUGUUUACUUCCAGCUGCACGAUCCAACCAUCCGUCCAAGAAGAUGCCAGCAUGUUCUCCUCCAGCUGCACGAUUAGUGGAAAGACAUUGCCAACCAUGCCGCAGCUCGGCCCUAUGCAACACUACCACACCACCGCCUCGGGUCCCAUCUUCGCUCCUAUGGCACCGCUACCUCUUCAUUCGAUCGUAGAGGUAGGUCAACGAUUUGACCCUGCUUAUUAUCAGGCUCCGUUCCAAAGUCCACCUAGCAAUGCCAACUACAAUGAGAUUGAGAAGUGGUUGGACGGGGCUGUUGAGGAGAAUGGCUGUGUGUGGAAAUGGAAGGAAUGA